AUGAGUUUAUCACUCCCUCUGAAGUAUAUGUCUGUUUACAUCUAUCUAUCUAUCUAUCUAUCUAUCUAUCAGCGAAAUAUAUUUUUCUUCUUUUUAUACAUGUUCUUUAUUUCUAUCAUGCUUAGAAUAUAUUUUUCUUUUUAUACACUUUCUUGUUUGAUUUCAUGGAAUAUAUUUUCUUCUGUUCAUACAAUUUCUUUCUUUCUUUUGUCAUUCUUAGAAUAUAUUUUUCUUCUUUUUACACAAACAUAUUUUUCUUCUUUUUAUACAAUAUCUCCCUUUCUUUUCUUUUUAGAAUAUAUUUUUCUUCUUUUCAAACAAUUUCUUUCUUUCUUUGAACAUAUUUUUCUUCUUUUUAUUAACUUUCUCUUUUUCUUGAGACUGCUUUGUAUUCUUCACAUUAAUUGUCAUUUUUCUUUCUAUUUUUCCAAUUUUUUGUUUUUUUCUUUCUUCCACCACGUCUUCCAGCCUAUAUUGAUUCUCUUUCUUUUUCUUUCUCUAUACCACACUCUCUUUAUUUUUCUCUUUCCCUCCUCAUUCAAUUCCUUUAUGUCUCUUCGUCUCUUCAUAUUAAUUAUCAUUUUUCUUUCUACCUUUUCAAUAUUUUGUUCUUUUCUUUCUUUUCUCAUUUCUCCCGGCAUAUACAUACUCUCUUUAAUUUUAUCUCUCUCUCCCCCUCUCUCUCUCCCCCUCUCUCUUCUCAUUCAAUUCAUUUCUGCCUCUUCGUCUCUCUUCGUAUUGUCAUUUUUCUUUCUAUCUUUUCAAUUUUGCUUCCACCACGUCUUCCAGCAUAUACUGACUCUCUUUCUCUUUUCCCUUCUUUAUACAAUUCCUUUCUGCCUCUUCGUCUCUUUUCAUAUUAACUCAUAUACUCACUCACUCUCUUUUUCUUUCUGUCUCCCUCACUUUCUUUAUCUUUCUCUUUCCCUCUUCAUUCAAUUCCUUUCUGCCUCUUCGUCUCUUCAUAUUAAUUAUCAUUUUUCUUUCUACCUUUUCAAUCUUUUGUUGUUUUCUUUCUUUCACCACGUCUUCCAGCAUAUACUGACUGUCUUUCUUUUUUUUUCUCUCUCUCCCUCUCUCUCUCUCUUUAUCUUUCUCUUUUUCUUUCUCAUUCACUUCUUUUCUGCCUCUUCGUCUCUUUUGCCUUGCUGUACGCUCAUUAUACUUUUGUCACUAAAACAUUUCUCUCUCUCUCUCUCUCUCUCUCUCUCUCUCUCUCUCUUAUUCUGA